AUGCCUUUGCCACAAAAUUCUGUUCUUGGGGCUAAAGAUCUGCCAAGGGCCAUGCUUAGCGAUCAUAUAGAAGAACAACUCUUUAAACGGCUCAAUGAAGAGAGACACGAACGGGCUAUUCAUGAUGGGAAAAGUUUUGAUGAGGUUAGUGCUGCCUCAUCAAUUUACAGAAACUUACGUUUAUGGAUCCUAUGUUUUCUUUUUCUUGGUUAUAUCUUGGUUUCCUUUCCUAAAUAUGAAAUAUGUGGUUUGUGUACUUCUUAUAAACAGAGAUGUGUUGCUCCUUCUGCAUACUUUUAUUCCUUUUUUUCUUCAGAAUUUGACUGUAUUUAA